AUUUGGAGCUAAAAGUCAAGAAGAAGCAUAAUUAAGAAGGAACACAACUCCUGGCACACACAAAUGCAGAGAUAACUAAGAAUUUGUAUUGUUUUGUGAGUAAGAGACGUACCAAGUGCAAUGGCCACCUAUUCCAACCAGCACUGGCUUCUCUCGCACAUACGCAACUCGUUCAUCUCCACAGAUGACACGGGCAUAUGCGAGACCGUAAUGCUGAGCGACGAUAUGCCGAAGCAUUAUCUGAGGAAAUUUCAAGCAGCCACAAUUAUAGAUGUCUAUAGGCGUAGCCACCGGAGCCAGGCAUCACAGCAGCGCAAGUCGAUGCCCAAAACUCCAGAUACUGCCACGCCUACGCAACGGUCUACGCCACUGCAGCACAUGAUGCCACCCAGGAUCGCGGAUCCGCCGCUGCAGGAAGUAGACUUUGUAUGCUAUCCUGGUCUAGAUUUGAGCGAUGAUGAGGAUCUGGACAUGUCCACGCACUCGUUCGACAUUCAAAUGUAUCCCGAAGUGGGCGCCCAUCGAUUUCGCUCAAACACAGCACAGAAACUGGAGAAACUGGACAUAGCGAAGCGCAAGGCGGCGCGCAUUAAAAGCGUUAACUACAAUGAGGAGGUGCUGCCACCGGACCGCAAGGAUUUCUUCAAGCGCAAAGUGGUUAAAGAGCAACCCACAGAAAAACCCUCCACUUCAAAAACAACUGCAACAAAUGUGAAGCGCCUGGAAAAAACCAGUGAUGACGACCUAUCCGAUGAGGGUGUAAAGAGCAUGCUGACGGAACAGCUAGCCAAAAGCCCCAAGCAGACCCAAAAUCGUUUCAUUGAAUACGCACGCUUUGAUGGCACCGCCCAGGUGGGCAUGCCCACAAAGCGCAUCAAUGUCUAUGUAAAUAUGCUGCCCGAGCCGGAGCGCAAUUAUCCGCUCAAAAUUUGUGUACUCUCCACGGCCAAGAUCGUUGAAGUGAUUGGCCUGGUCUGCUACAAAACUACCCUACAGUAUCCAGAUGCAGUGCAGCUCAAGUCUGUGCAGCACUAUGCAUUAUAUAUGACGGAGGAUAACGAUGACAUGGAUGAUUUUCCGCCGCUGGACAAUCGGGAGCCUUGUUCCAAAUUUGGAUUCUCGCAUUUGACGUUGGCCGAACGCCGACCGCUAGCGCCGGUCACGCGCAUUGACUAUCACAAUCAGUUGGGCACCAAGUCUAUGACUUCAGAGGAGGACAAGGUGGCGAUGGCGGAUGCUGCAGUGCGUGCGGUGCAGAACAUCAAUUUGAAUGGUGAUGUACCCGACGCCGGCGGGGGAGAUGGAGGCGGUGAAAGCCCCCUAGACCAUGUUAAGGAGUAUGAGCAACGCCUGCUUAACCACAACGAUAUGCUGGAAGCGCCAAUGCAUCGGACCUAUCGUGUCAGCAUCAUCGACAAGCGUUUCUUCAAGUGCGACGUAACGCUGGCCGUUUCCGGGGAACGCAUCGAAAUAGAUCAGCAUAAGAAUACCAAAUUCUGGACGCAAAGAAAGCCGGUGUCUACGCCCAUUGACAUGGUGGCGCACUGCGAGAUUGUAGAGCAACGGCAGCUUAAGGCACUGCUGCGUAUUUGGCUGAAAUCCAACUCUUCCAGCAGUAUGACUACCAGCUGCACUUCGGCACCCAGUACUGCCAGCAUUGCUACGCUGAUCCCGGGCAGCGGCGGUGCGGGCCUUAUCCAUUCGCCCGCCAGCCCCCGUCAUCAGUCAACGCACAGCUCCAGUUCGCCCUUUGGCCUCUUUGGCAGCGCGUCCAACAUUCGAUUUAAGCAUUACGACUUCGAUACGGACGUGCACACGGCCGAGCAGAUACGCAACAAACUGAACUGCAUUCUGGAGAUGCGCGCCAGCGAUAUACGACGCGAGUUCCUGCAGCAGCGCGAACGAAAACAGGAGAAACAGCUGGCCAAGCGCCAGCUUAAGUUGUAGUAUUUUGUUCCUAAGCUGGCCAUGCUGCGCCUCGCCUCGAGCUGCUUGUGUGCCGCCUAGCGUGCAGUGGACGUAACUCUGAGGCCAUCCUUGCCUGUCGCCGGCUAAUCAUCUCCCUUCCCUUCCCCGCCCCUCCAUCCAACCCGUUGAAGUUGUAUUUUAGUUGCUAACCUAAAGAGCGUGUGUAACACACGUUUCGCAUAGCCUAUAAGUAUUUAUUCAAACACUUAAGUAACUAAAAACAAAUCCGAAGUGCAAAAUGAAAAAUAAAUAGCAUCAAAGUUCACAAUUAUGCUGAAAGACAAA